AUGAAAGAAGCAAAAAUGCCUAAGUUUCCCCCCCGCCACAAGCGCCCGAGCCCCCUGCGUCAUCUCCCGGCGACUGGAAAAUCGUGGAGGAACCGAUACGGGACGGACGGAGGAAAAGGGGGAAACGAACGACGGGCGCGGCUAGGCAGGCGGAAGGAAGCGAGAAACUCCUCGCCGGAACUGCUUUCGCCGCGACACCUCUCCCAGAACCGGUGCCCUCCCACGCGCUCUCUCGCUUUCGCUGCGCCUUCGGGGUUCUUCGGGGCCCCUACGACUCGCGAACGGCCAGGACUUCUCGGUCCGUGUUUUAAGACGUGUCGGGUGGGUUGCCGAUGCACGUCGCGGACCCGAGGUGACGGGCGGCACAGUCAGACGCCGACCUACCGCGCUGGCAGUGCCCUCCCACGCGCCCAGAUUUUGGCGUCCGUAUGCGGAGAAGACGACGCGACGAGACAACGUCACGCGCCGGCACGGGAAUCGACGCGGCCGCGCCGGUUUCGAAGCUCCCGCGAACACUGUCCCGCACGCGUCCGAGACGGUGGGGCGCCGAGGGCGCCCGAAGCGCCGCGCGGAUCGUCCGACGAGAAGAAACCGGUUUGCCACGUCAGAAGGGGGCAGUACGCUCGCGGGCUCGACAGAAGACGCCUCCGCCCCCGACAAGCAGGGGUGGAGUUUAGAGUGCGCCUUCCGCCUACGGACACCGCGCGUCGACCUGCACGCCGGGAAGGGGUCGCGACGACGGACCGGAGGGGAAGUGCGUCCGGUACCGGCCGUGCGGAAUGUGAGCGUCGCGCCGAAGCGCCCGCGCCAUAUGAUGCCGAGCGAAGGAAAGGUGCGGGUGAUCGCGAGGAAUGGAGAGGAGGAGCCACGACGGCAGCGACGGCGGCCACGGCGGCAACAGCAGCAGCAGCGACGCUAAUCGCGGCCCCGAUCGAGGGAACUCCGAACUACGCGAGACGAAAACGAGCGGCUGCCUUCGACCCAUGCGCCACAUGUCCCGAAGCCUUUACUUGCGACGGAUUCGGCGUUGGGCUUCCCGGUUCACUCGCCGUUACUAAGGGAAUCCCGGUUGGUUUCUUUUCCUCCGCUUAG